AAGAGUUUGUAGUCAAAGAAUUGAUGCAUUUCUAUGCCCAGUACUCGUAAAAUGAAACAGAAACAUAGAGGAGGCUACAGGCAGCCGCAGUGUCCUAACCUGACGGCAAACAACACGUGAUAAAAGGUAUCUUUUCUAUGUUAAUCAGAGUUUUUGUCCUAACAACAUGACAUCUGUUAUGACGUCCUUCGGAUGAGAUGUUAAACCGGGGUCCCGACUCUCUGUGGUCACUAAAAAUCCCAGGGCACUUCUCGUAAAAGAGUAGGGGUGUAACCCCUGGCCAAAUUCCCCCCAUUGGCCCUUCUCAAUCAUGGCCUCCAAAUAAUCCCCAUCCAUAAAUUGGCUCUAUAACUUUACUCUCUCCUCUCCACCAAUAACUAGUGUGUGGUGAGCAUACUGGCACACUAUGGCUGCCGUUGCAUCAUCCAUAUGAAUGCUGCACACUGGUGGUGGUUUGCGGAGAGUCCCCUGUUUACUAUGUAAAGCGCUUUCAGUGUAGUGUCCGAAAAAGCACUAUACAAAUGUAACAUUCAUUCAUUCAACAAGCCGUGAUGAGCAACGGUACAUUCUAUCGAUCACUUGUUUUCUGUUAUCUGUAUUGUGCCAGGUAACGUCGUCUGCUGUAAACUGGCACCAGUCCAAAAAUUAGCCUCAUAACAAUAUAAUAAAGCCAGCAUCUCAUGAGCCGGUUAAAAACUACUUGAUUUUGGCUGAGAAUGUUAUACCUUCCAAAUGCUUUUGCAGAGGUCUCAUUCCCUUCAGGUCUGUCACAAAUACUCACUGGUUCAGAAUGGAGAAGAGGUGACAGACAUUCCCACCUACUCCAUCACUUUUUUCUUUGAUUGAGGACUCCGGUUAAAAAAAAAAAUAAGGCUGGGCAUAGAAAUGCAUCUAUUCUUGGACUACAAACUCUUCAGACAUGUUUAGUAAGUUCUGUUCUCUGGUUCUUGUGCAACUAUGUGGUGUUCUGUUGUCAUUAUCACUGUGGCGGACCUGUUUUUAGAUAAACAAAACAAGUUUUUGCUUGAACGCCCCAUCACAGGAGCUGCACUGUCAUGAAUGCGCACAGGAGAUCAACGGUUGGUAAACAGUUCAACUAAAAAAAAUGUUUCUCACUAACCUUAUCGCAUGCUUUCAUAACAAUCAUGAGUCUCAUGGAAUAAAUUAACAGACUUCUGAAUUAUACUUUUGCAUUCUUUUGAAGCUCACCAUAAACUGCCAUUGUAUGACAUCAAAUAGCACAAUAUUAUUUUCACAAUUUCUCCCUUUGUUUUAAGAGAAAAAAGCCAUAUAGGGUUAUAACAACACUGGGGUGAGUAAACAGUUUCGUUUUUGGGUGAACUAAUCACUUGUUCUCCCUUUCCAGUCCCAUGCAAAUCAUCCCCUUUCCAGUUUCAUCAAUGCUACAUUAACACCACAAAAAUUAUUCAUGUAGUCCCAACUCAAACAGUUUCCAUUUUACAAAUUUAAAUGGAUAGAACACAGUAAAAUCAAAUUGAGAAAAAAUUUUCUUGAAUUGUGUUGCUUUAGUUAAGUAAACUGAACAUGCAGCAAAAAUCCUUUUUUUUUUUUUUUUUUUUGAGUAUUGGAGCUCAAUAGCUGUUAAAUGGAAGAAAGCCAUAUUGAUUUAGAACGCCAUGAGACUGAAUCCAGCAGUGAAAGCCACAAUCAUCACUGGUAUGUGUGAAGGUUUGCUCCAUCUGCACUGUAAAGACAUUGUCCACCAAGACCUCAAACCUGAUAACAUCAUGGUUGAGCAUCAAACCCAUCGUGCUGUGAUCAUUGAUUUGGGGCUGGCUAAAUUCUCCAGAAAUGGACUCACCUCUGCAGUAAACAUGGGAAAUGAGGCUUACUCAGCUCCAGAGAUCCUGCAGAUGAAUGGAGUUCGUGACAAGCGUUCAGACGUUUGGGCAAUGGGGAAAAUCAUAGCUGAACUCUGUGCCAGGGUCAGGUUACCGACCCAAUUUGUGUCUGCCAGCAAAAUUCGGGAAACUCUAAAAGACCAGCCAUACUGUAUUCCUGUGUCCAGGAUGGUGGAGGUCAAUCCAAACUACAGAUCAACUAUGGCUGCGGUCAUCUCAGACAUUAGGAGAGCUGGUUCACCUUCACAAAUGGACAUGAGGCCAAGAGACGUCACAGUGACACAUACAAAUGAAGUAAGAGGAAAUCAAAAAUGGUGUCCACAAGUGCCCGCUCCACCAAAGAUGGAGGUAAAGAAUUCUCCAAUGGUAAUUUAUCGGCAGGAUCCACCUCAUCAGAGAGAGGUGGUGAAGGUGUCAGUCCCGUUAAAAGGCGAGGCCUUGAACAAUCAGUUGUCCCUGAUGUCAUUUCCAUGCCACCUUCCAGAGACCGGAAAAGUGACUCAGGAACGCUACAAUGAGGAGAAAGGAGCUCUAGAAUAUAAAGAGAUCAUCACAAAGGGUGGAAGAAUUAUUAAGUAUGAGAAAGUGCAAAUAACCAAAGAUUCUUAAAGAUGAAAGAGGAUAUACUUUGCCUUCUGACAAUAAAUAAAUAAACAAUUUGCUUAUUGCAAGAUCUCAAAAAUAUUCAGAUAGGUACAGGUUCUUGUUGGCCUACAGCAUAAUUUAUUCUGUCCUGUGCAAAAUAAAUUAUAAGUUACUAGUCUGCAGAAUAAUUUGUUCUCCCAUAAAUUGUCAAUAUACUGUACUUUUACAUUGGUGCUAUAUGGCUGGUAACAAUAUCAAACAGUGUCAUUCAUUGUUUUUAUUUUAGUACUAUGUCAUUCCUGAUAUGCUACGUAUGUCUAUUAAACAAAAAUUUUGUGAUGUUUCAGUUUUGUAAUUUGGUUUUAACUGGUAACCUAAGUGGGACACUGCUGUUUACCAAAGAUUAUGCAUGGCCUAUUUGCUCAAAAAAAAUGUAAUCAAUAUUAAUGUUAGUAAUAUUGGUCAUUCAAUUAAACUUUUCACUUAUUAUAUUUUAUGUACUGUAUAAGGACUGGAGAUAGAUAUUCAUAUUUUUUGAUUAUGGGAUUAACAGUUCGGUAUAACUGGAACAAUCAAUGUAAUUGCUAUUUGUAUAAAUGUUUUAAAUAUAAUAAAAAUGUGAUCAUA